UUCGAUUUUCACACGAAAAGAGAACAAAUUGUUGGAACAGUGGUCGCUUUUGAUAUUAUUAUGUAUUGGUUUGCGAUUUUGUUGUGCAGGCGUCCUCUCUUUAGUCGCUUUUUUCAAUUUGAUAAGGCGCCAAAAAACUGCCAUACAAAAACUGACACUUAUCUCCUAUACAAUUUUACAAGAAUACUCGCUACCCAUUUUUCGUACUUUCACCAUUAAUAAUGGCUAAUUUCCACCUCCAUGAAGAUCCUGAAUAUCUAGUCGAAAAUGUAAGACCUAAACGCUUUCAGAACGCCAUUAAGGAAUUUCCUGGACAAGCCAAGAAGAACAGACUCGCACUACAAACUUUGAGUACUUAUCAGCAGAACUGUAAGCAGCAGACGAAACAACAAGGUGGUGAAAAAGUCACGAGGGUACCAGAGAAAAAAGCUGUUUCACCGGUUUCUUCUGAUGAACUCAUCAAACUCAAGUCGGUGUUCAAAAGAAGAAACGUUGUAACGCGGUUGCCACCACACGAAAGUAACGAAUAUGACGACGACAUAAUGGAAUAUUUAAACUACUUUGAGAAAAAAAUGUUCAAGAUUAAACCAAACUAUAUGGUCAAACAAGACCAUGUAAAUUACGGCAUGAGAAGUACUUUAAUAGACUGGUUAGUUUCGGUUGCAGAGGAGUAUCAAAUGAACGAACAAACCCUUCACCUUAGCGUCAACUACUUGGACCGCUUUCUAAGCUACAUAUCUGUGAUAAAAGAAAAAUUCCAACUGGUAGGGGCAACUGCGAUGAUGAUCGCUGGCAAAGUAGAAGAAAUCUACCCUCCAAACACCAGCGAAUGGUCUUAUUUAACCGGAAACACCUACAAGCCCGAGCAGCUAGUCAAAAUGGAACAACUCAUGCUCAAAGUUCUCAACUUUGAGAUAAACGCACCUACGAUUUUGGAUUUUCUCUUGCUGUUGUGUUCAAAGUACAGGGUAGAUAGUAAAACUAUGUACUUAGCAAUGUACUUGAGCGAGUUGGUACUACUGGAGGGUGAAGGAUACUUGCAAUAUUACCCAUCGACGUUGGCAGCAGCGUCGCUGGUUUUGGCGCGACACACGUUAUUCAAAGCGGAUCCAUGGCCGCCGAAAAUGGCGGAAACGGCAGGGUACAGUUUGAGACAGUUGAGCCCUAUAGUGCAGAAGCAGCACAAGACUUUCAAGAGUUCGCCGUUCAAAGAACGGGAAGCUGUUCGAAAUAAAUACUCCAGCGACAAGUACCAAAGGGUGGCUCUGGUGAAACCGAGAGUGUUGGUGCUUGAGGAAGACGAAGAGUGAAUGUGGGAGAUAUAUCUAUGUUAUGUGUGACUGAGAUUGUUUCAAUUGUUGGAAAUUAUAUGUGAGAGCUUUAUUAGAUAAAGUAUAUUGA